CCUGGUAUUGUUUUCUCAGACAGACAGUGACGGCGCCAUAUUGGAGAAAAACAACCCGUUCGUUAAAACGAGAAAACCUUCUAACCGCCGCCAUGUUGUACCUCGAGGAUUACCUGGAGAUGAUCGAGCAGCUCCCCAUCGACCUGAGGGACCGCUUCACAGAGAUGAGGGAGAUGGACCUGCAGGUUCAGAACGCCACGGACCAGCUGGAGCAGAAAGUCAUCGAGUUCUUCGUCAACGCCAAGAAGAACAAACCGGAGUGGAGAGAGGAGCAGAUGGAGGUCAUCAAGAAGGAUUAUUACAAAGCUCUGGAGGACGCAGACGAGAAGGUGCAGCUGGCCAAUCAGAUUUAUGAUCUGGUGGACCGUCACCUGCGUAAACUGGACCAGGAGCUGGCCAAGUUCAAGAUGGAGCUGGAGGCGGACAACGCGGGCAUCACGGAGAUCCUGGAGAGACGGUCUCUGGAGAUGGACAGCCCGUCUCAGCCCGUCAACAACCACCACGCCCACUCACACACCGCCACAGAGAAGAGGAAGCACAGCGCCCCGGCUCAUCACACCACAGAACACGUUCCAGAGAAGAAGUUCAAGUCUGAGGCUCUGCUGUCCACGCUGACCUCCGACGCCUCCAAGGAGAACACUCCAGGUACACACACACCUCCUCCAGGUGUUCUCUCGGUGUCCCCCUCAGGUUGCCGUAGCAACAUCACCUCCUGCUCCACCCCCAGCAGCAGUGUGUACAGUGUGACCCCCCCCCAGCCGCUCUACAGCUCUCUGCCUGCAGGACCUGGAGCUGUGGGGGCCAUCAGCCUCGCUGCUGCCCAGGCCGUGCAGGCCACCGCUCAGAUGAAGGAUGGGCGCAGGACGUCGUCGUUGAAGGCGAGCUACGAGGCGAUCAAGAACACAGACUUCCAGCUGAGCCGAGAGUUCUCCCUGAGCCGAGAGAACCGAGAGAACCCUGGGUUCUCCUCCUCAGCGCUCGCUAACACGCUCACCAGCACCCUCACUCCCUCACCUGCCGCUGACUCCAGGGGGCGCAAGUCCAAAAGCAGCAUCAAGUCGUCCAAUCACCAGUCGUCUUCCUCCUCCUCUUCCUCCUCGCUCUCCUCCUGCUCCUCUUCCUCUGCGCUGGCUCAGGAACUUUCCCAGCAUGCAUCAGCGCUGCCGGAGGCCGAGGCCAACAGCCAGGUGGACUGGACCUACGACCCCAAUGAGCCUCGAUACUGCAUCUGCAACCAGGUUUCUUACGGAGAGAUGGUCGGCUGUGACAACACAGAUUGCCCCAUCGAGUGGUUCCACUACGGCUGUGUGGGUCUGACUGAAGCUCCUAAGGGGAAGUGGUUCUGUCCUCAGUGCACUGCAGCCAUGAAGAGGAGAGGCAGCCGGCACAAAUAGAGACUCCUCUCCUCUCCUCUCCUCCUCUCCUCCUCUCCUCCUCCUCCUCUCCUCCUCUCCUCCUCCUCUCCUCUC